CUGUGGGGAGCUCAAAAAAUAAAGCAGGCCAUCAUCCAUCCCGACACAAACGAGACCAUCUUCAUGCCAUUCCGAAUGUCAGGUUACAUUCCCUUUGGAACGCCCAUCGUCGUUGGUCUCCUCUUGCCCAACCAGACGCUGGCAUCCACUGUGUUUUGGCAGUGGUUGAAUCAGAGCCACAAUGCCUGCGUCAACUAUGCAAACCGCAACGCGACAAAGCCUUCUCCGACAUCCAAGUUCAUCCAGGGCUACUUGGGAGCUGUCAUAAGUGCUGUCUCAAUAGCAGUGGGCCUUAAUGUUCUGGUUCAGAGAGCAAACAAGUUUACCCCCGCCACUCGUCUCCUGAUCCAGAGAUUUGUGCCAUUCCCCGCUGUCGCUAGUGCCAAUAUCUGCAAUGUUGUCCUGAUGAGGCACACAGAGCUGGAAGAAGGAAUUGAUGUUUUGGACAACAACGGAAACAUCGUCGGGUCUUCCAGAAUCGCUGCAAAACACGCACUGCUAGAAACGGCCCUGACGAGAGUGGUCCUGCCAAUGCCUAUACUGGUUCUACCUCCAAUUAUUAUGUCCAUACUGGAAAAAACAUCACUCCUGAGGUCCCGUCCCCGGAUGAUUCUCCCAGUCCAAAGCCUUGUGUGCCUCGCUGCCUUUGGCCUGGCCCUCCCGUUGGCCAUCAGUCUCUUCCCGCAGAUGUCUGAGGUCAGUACACGUUUGGUCGCUGUG